AUGCCUAAAUCUAAAAAUCUGAAUCCGAGUCAUGGGUCAUCCUCAAGAAAUGUCACAAGCUCUUGUCCUGAACCACAUUCAUCUCAACUUGAUUCAAUGCCUAGAAAACUACCUCUGAAUUGCGAAUCAAAUCCUCAGGCAAUUCCGCAACCUACUCAACCACAUCCAUUUUUUCGACAUACAAUGCCUGCGAUCAAAUUCACUGACCGGAGCAUGGGAUUGAUUUCAGAUGGUUUAAAUGUCUCACAACCAUCUGAUUCUCAUCAACUUAUCCAAAACUUACCAUCAGCACCAUUACCAUUACCUAAAUUCUCUGACUCAAGCUUAGAAGAUUUCUUUCACCCUAGGCUUAAAUCAACACUUGGUAAAUCUGCUCAAGUUGAAAAAGAUCAAGAAGAAGAAAUCAAUGGAUUUCUUAAUGAUGAAGACAGUGUCAAUGAUCACUUCUAUCCAGAAAUUUUAACAAAAUCUUCCAGAAAACUGGAUGAACGAUUGAAUGAGAAUGAAUGCAAAGUAAUAUACAUUCUGUAA